UUUUUUUUUCUUAUAUACUUGCCAUAAAAGAGAGAAGAGAGAGAGAGAAGCGAAGAAGAGAGUAAUGGCUGAUAAGAAAUUGAUUCCAUCUUCUUCUUCAACUACAUCGAUUUACGAUACUCGUAGUAAUAAUAAUAGCAAUCAUCAUCCACCCUCUUCUUCCGACGAGAUUUCUCUGUUUCUCCGGCAUAUUAUCAACCGUUCUUCUUCUCCUUUACCCUCUCACUAUUCUCAGGCGACGGCUUCUACCGCGGAGAUAGGAGUUAACGCAGACCCGCAUGCAGACAACCCGAGAUGUUUCGUUUCUCCUCAAACGUCGAAGCGCGCAGCUGAUUACUCUGAGGUUUUGAUAGGCUCCGGCGUUGGAUCAAGCUCCGCCGCCGCGUGUUAUGGUUUCUCCGGUGGUGGUGGCAAUAACGUUGCUCAAGGAAACAGCUCAGGGACUCGUGUUUCGUCUUCUUCGUUUGGAGCUAGCGGGAAUGAGACCGACGAGUAUGAUUGCGAAAGCGAGGAAGGAGUAGAAGCAGUGGUUGAUGAUGAACUUCUCUGCAAGUCUCGUACCUCAUCAAAGAGAUGCAGAGCUGCUGAAGUUCAUAAUUUAUCUGAGAAGAGAAGAAGAAGUAGGAUCAACGAAAAGAUGAAAGCUUUACAAAGUCUCAUCCCUAAUUCAAAUAAGACGGAUAAGGCUUCAAUGCUUGAUGAAGCCAUAGAGUAUCUGAAACAGCUUCAGCUCCAAGUUCAGAUGUUGACAAUGAGGAAUGGGGUAAACUUACAUCCUCUGUGCUUACCUGGAACUACAUUACACCCGUUGCAACUCUCUCAGCUCCGACCUGGUGUUCCUCCAGAAGCAACCAAUGAUUCUCUGUUUAAUCACACCAAUCAUUUUGCUUCCACUUCUAAUGCUCCUGCAAUGGUCAACACCGGGGCUUCUUCAUACGCGUUGGAACCUUCCAUUCGCAGUCACUUUGGACCUUUCCCUCUCCUUACUUCACCUGCGGAGAUGAGUGGUGAAGGAGGGUUAACUCAUCCAAGGUUGAAUAUUGGUCAUUCCAACACAAACUUAACCGAAUGUUUGGGGAUUUUUCAGGGAGACAAGCUGUGUUUAAUGGGCAACAACCUGACAUAAAAGAUCGGCUUACUUGAACAGAAGCAUCUAAACUCUGGGUUCUAUGUUUCGUAGGAGGCAAGCAACAAAGCUGCUUGACAAUGAACACACAUUUAGGUUUCUAUUUCCUUAUAAAUAGUUGUUACUACAAACUCUGGAGACUAGUCUUUGAAUCUAAUUAGCUAUUUGAUCGAAAAAACAGAAGUAUUAUUACCAAGUAAUUGCUAGGUUUAUAUGUAAAUGUAAAUGUUCAAUAUCAUAUUCGCAAUAUCGCAUUGUAGUGAGAGACCCAUAUGUAAAUUAUAGAUAAACAUCAUAUUCUACUUGAAUUUGAAAAGCUUCAUCAUCUGGUGGUAAAUGCACCUUGUAUAUAUGGUUGAUCCCACUUGAUUUUAAAACCUUUUCAUCUUGGGUUGUGAUGGUAAUUCGACUCCCCGGACCAAACCAACAAGUUUUGUUCGCCAUUGCUUCCAGUUGUACUGACCGAUCCACAUCAUCAAGGAUGGCAAGAACUUUCAUGUCUUUCAACCUGUCUUUGGAAACUCCCAAAUGUGGAAUCUUGAUAUCCUUCUCAUUGGUUAGUUGAGCCAUAUAUAAACUGCUUCUGUAAAUACAAUUUCACACUAUAGUCAUCUGAACAAACUGGCGUGGCAUAGUUUCUUUUGAUAUUAUCUAUAAAGACACUCAGUUGGAAAUCCUGGGAGUGUCGGUUGAAUAGAGAUCUAGCAAUGGUGGUCUUACCAAUCCCAGGUGGACCCAAAAUCCCUAUUUUUCUCACCUCAUCCGAAUAUAACUGUAACAAUGGUUCCAUUUCUGACAUCUGAGAUUCCAUCCCAACUAAGCUUUGGAAGUCACUGCAUGGUGCUGAAAGGUUCAACUUGUUGGAAACAUCAGUGGCAAUAUAUUCAAUCAUCUUUGCU